AGAGAAGACGGACAGAGGGGGGAAACUGUCCACCAGAAAGUCAACGACUGAGACGAAAGGAGAGAGACCGUCCAACCACAGGACAAGUUCAGACAUGAAGACGGACGGACAGAAGGAAGAGAAGAUGAAUGAAAGCACCAGAAGAGACAAGAUGGCCACCAGGAAGUCCACAGCUGAGAGGAAGAAGACAAAUAAACGAGUGGAGAAGGAUUCAAGGCAAAAGACGACGGUGGAGACAAAGGGGAGUGAAGACGGGACGGACAGAGGAACGAGGAAAACCACAGAGGACAAGACUGGUGGGAAGGAGGAAAAGAUGUCUCCUGGAGGCUCGGCUGUGGAAGUGAAGAAAGAUGGACAGAAGGUAGAAAAGGACGAGAGGAAAGAAGAAGACGAGACGAAGCAGCAGAAAGACGAGAGAAAGAUAAUUGGAAAGAUCGUUAAAGCCAAUCAGGGGACGAAGAUCCAUGUGAAGACCAUGAUGGGAGGACUGACCAAAGCUGCUGGAGAGGAGGAGGGGAAGAAGAAGAAAGAGGAGGAUGGAGGGAGAAAGGAGGAGGCGAAAAAGACUUUAGAGACAGAAAAAACAGAGAAGGCAGCCAAGAAGUCUGAUGCUAAAAACUCUGAGAUGGAGGAGAAAAAGGGGAAAAAGGAAGAGCAGAAGAAGAACGAAGCUGAAGACAAAACGACAAGAAAUCAGGAAGAGAAGAAGAACCCAGAAGGCAGGAGGGAAACAGAGGCGAUGAGAUUAACACGGGAAAAGAGGAAGAAACGUGACGGCGAAUCUCAGGAAAGAAAAAGAGAGAACGAGAUCACGGCGACUGGAGGAGAGCAAACAGCAGAAGAAGAACAAGGAAGAGAAGAAGAGCGGGGCCGACAGAGCGCAGGCUGCAGGUUUACGGACUGAAUCUGCGGCGCCAGCGGAGGAGGACGGCGCCGACGGAGAGAGUCCCACCGGGACGGAUCAGGGACAGCAGAAGAAGAACUGCAGUUCAACGCUGACGGACUCGACUCUGCACCGGAUCAACGGAGACCUCCGCAUCUCUCUGAAGACGGACAAACCCGACAUCAGGAAGUGUCUGUCGGCGCUGGACCAGCUCAGCAUGCUGUACGUGACGUCAGAACACGUCCAGAGGCACAGCGAGCUCAUCGCCACGCUCAGGAAGGUAAACCUGGGUCACACGACCGGCACAAACCACUCAGCUGUUAGCUGAUAAACCAGGUGAUAUUAUUGAUUAGUUUUGUCUGUAAAGGGUCUGAAUGUUGCAAACAUGGCAGAAACUCUGAUUUUAAUGGUUUGAACACAUUUGGUUUAGUUGGGAUUUAAUUUGUUUGGUUCAAAAAAGACCAAAGAUUGUUUUCAGUCAUCAGGUUCCAUUUCAGCCCAGAAGCUAAAAGUUUACAGUUCUACCAACAAUAUCUCCUUAGUAUUAAAAAUGAGUGAAAACUGUCAAAAACACUUUUUUCUCUUUUUGUGGACAACUUUAGUUUGUGAAUUAAAACUCUGAAUGAUGAAGAGCUUCUUCUUCUUUUUCGACCGUUUAUCGCGAUUCUUCGUUGUUUUCUGGUAAACCUG